UUAUUAUAUCAUACGUUGAUUCAUUAUAUUUUUUGAUUCAUUAAUUUUAUAGAGAGAGAUCUUAGAGAGAGAGAGAGUGUGAGUGAAAAAAAAAGAAAAGAGAGAAAAUAAUGGAGUUUCAAAAACGGAGCUUCUUCUCUUUACUUCCUGUGAUUGCUUCCAUUCUCCUUUUCUUUCUUAAGUUCUCUCUCAAGACUGCUCCAAGUGGAUGUAGCCUUCUACAUCACAACCAUUACUGGAUAUCUAGCAAGCGGAUUGUAACGCAGGACGGUGUCAUUUCUGGUGCAGUUGAGAUAAAAGAUGGCAAAGUCUUUAGCCUUGUUAAAGAAGAAGAUUGGCAUGGAUAUAUCAGGAAGGGUCAAAUAGUUGAUUUUGGGGAGGCUGUUGUCAUGCCGGGCCUAAUUGAUGUGCACGCGCAUUUGGAUGAUCCUGGAAGAGAGGAGUGGGAAGGAUUUCCUUCUGGUACCAGAGCUGCUGCUGCUGGUGGGAUAACAACCCUGAUUGACAUGCCUUUGAACAGCGAACCUUCAACAGUUUCAGAGGAAACUCUUAAGCUUAAGAUCAAUGCUUCAAAGAACAGAAUAUUUGUUGAUGUUGGUUUCUGGGGUGGUCUAGUGCCUGAUAACGCCCUCAAUGCCACUGCUUUAGAACGUUUCCUUAGAGCUGGUGUUCUCGGUUUAAAGUCUUUUAUGUGUCCAUCAGGAAUCAAUGACUUUCCCAUGACAAACAUUACUCAUAUUAAGGAAGGACUGUCUGUAUUGGCUAAAUUCAAAAGACCAUUGCUCGUACAUGCAGAAGUUCAACUAGAUAUAGCAGACAAGUCAGUGAAGGACGAUAACAAAGAUGCUCGAUUAUAUUCAACUUACCUUGAGACAAGACCCCCAUCAAUGGAGGAGGCAGCAAUUAGAGAUCUUUUGACAGUAAGCGAAAACACAAGAGUUGGUGGUCCUGCAGAAGGAGCUCAUCUUCAUAUUGUCCAUCUUUCUGAUGCUCAAUCUUCCUUAAACCUUCUGAAGAAUGCAAAGGCUAGAGGUGACAGCAUAAGCAUAGAAACAUGUCCUCAUUAUUUGUCAUUUUCCGCGGAUGAGAUUCCUGAUGGAGAUACACGAUUUAAGUGUGCUCCUCCUAUCCGAGAUGCUGAAAACAAAGAAAAAUUGUGGGAGGCUUUGAGGGGUGGAGAUAUCGAUAUGCUGAGUUCUGACCAUUCACCAGCACUCCCAGACCUUAAACUUUUACAGCAGGGUGAUUUCUUGAAGGCAUGGGGUGGAAUAUCAUCUUUGCAGUAUGUCCUUCCUGCAACAUGGACUUCUGGUCGUAAAUAUGGAGUAACUUUUGAACAGUGGAGCGAGAAGCCAGCCAAACUUGCUGGUCUACCUUUAAAGGGGUCUAUUGCAGUUGGGAACUAUGCAGAUAUAGUUGCGUGGGAACCCGAAACAGAUUUUGAUCUUGACCAAAAUCAUCCUUCAUACUUCAAGCAUCCUAGCAUCUCGGCUUACAUGGGAAGAAAACUUUCUGGCAAAGUGUUGGCAACAUUUGUAAGGGGAAACCUCGUGUACAAGGAAGGAAAACAUGCUCCUGCAGCCUGUGGAAACCGUCUUUUAGCAACAUAGCCGCGGCUGGAUGCCUGGAUUAUUUAAGGUGGCCAGGCACAAAUUAUGUAGAUGAUUGCUUGUUGUACAGUUGAAGAUGACUGGAAAUCAGCAGACCAAAAUGUACAUAGUAUUUAUGUGUACAGCAUCUUCGCCGAGGAACAUCUAUUCUUGGAGAUUCGAUGUUGGAAUUUGAUGUAGGUGACCCGAAGUUUUCGUGGUUUGAUAAUGUUAACAAAGGUUUUGGUUGCAGAACUGGGAUAUUGUACAAAAUUGAACUGCAAUUACCAACCUUUUUGUGUAUUGUGUUUUUCAUUUAUUACCUGGUAUUGCACACGAAUAUACGACUCGACCCUUUGAGUAUAUUGUUAAUGCAAUGAUGUUCCUAAUUGUUAAUGCAUACACCUUUCUUUGGACAA